AUGAAAGUGUCUCUUGCUUUCGCGGCGUCUCUUGCCCUUGCGGCGUCUGCCAGGGCGAUUAACAUCGUCUCGUCCAACGACGAUGGCUGGGCCGAGGCUAACAUCCGCGCUCUGUUCAAUUCGUUGGUUGAAGCCGGCCAUUCGGUCGUGGUGUCUGCGCCCGCUGAGAACCAGAGCGGCACUGGCUCCUCUCAGAAGACCCCCACUAAACUCACUGAGCCGUGUCAAUUCAACAGUUGUCCAGCAGGCAGUCCUGCGGUGGGAUACAACGCCUCGGAGCCCCGGCUCAACUACGUCAACUCGUACCCGGUCACAUCAAUCAAACAUGGCAUUGACACGCGAGGGCCGCAGCUCUUUGGCGGUGCGCCCGACAUGGCAGUCGCCGGGCCCAACGUUGGCUCUAACUUGGGCCUUGCUGUCUCUUUCUCGGGCACCGCGGGUGCUGCGGUCUACGCUGCGCACACUGCCGGCAUCCCUGCCAUCGCCUUCUCGGGGAGGAGUGGUUCCCAGACGGCAUGGAAUACCAGCGCAACCCUGCCGCACUACAGCAAGGUCUACGCGGACCUCGCGGCUACCCUCACUAACCGUGUGGUUUCUGCGGGCAAGCCGUAUUUGCCCAAAGAUGUCUGGCUGAAUGUCAACUUUCCCUCGGUAUCCAAGUUGGAAUGCAACCGCCCGAGCGACUUCGCCUUUGUCCUGUCCCGUAUCCACGCCGCCAUACCCGUCAUUACACCAGACGAUGUGACUACCUGUGGCAGUUCCCGACUACCAAGCGAGCUCGAAGUCAUCCUCCACUCGGGCUGUUACGCAAGUGUAUCGGUCGGGAUGGCGGGUACCAAGAACGAUGCCAAUGCGACGACGCAGGAAGCCGUCUUGAAGAAGCUAGGCAAGUUCUUGACUUGUCUCCCGUAA